CCCUUUUUCACUGACACUUACGUUCGGCCGAGACUUACGUACUGUUUUGCGUUUGCUUUGAAAAUCACCCCCCUCCCGUCUCCUCUGCAAAUAAAAUAAAUCAUCCGCUCCGACUCCGAAUCGAAUCCGACGAGGCCGAUAAUUCGGGCGCCAUGAAAAGAACAAUUACUAUAAAAGUGGUACACGUAAAGUACUAGGUUCGAUGUUUAUAUAAAAGGUUAUAAACUUUGAAAACGCUCACCCAAAGCACCCAAAAUACUCUUAUUUAUUUUUGGAGAUAUAAACAAGCUUCCAAUCAGCCACACCGAACUUCUUAUCACAAAACGACGUACCCAGAAACAACAACAACACAACAAAAGAUAGCGCAACAAGCUGUUGGCCCGCCGAAUCGGAAUUUCUGUGGACGGAGAAACUCUCGAGAAACCUAAGGUCUGACGUGUCGCUUGAUUACGGGCGGUAGAAGAACGGAACGGAGCAGUGAUGUGUGGAAAUCCGGCUGUGGGAAACGGGACGAGGGCUUUGAUUCUGGUCGGGGGCUACGGCACCCGGCUGCGACCUCUGACCCUCAGCACGCCCAAGCCACUGGUAGAGUUUGCCAACAAGCCGAUUCUGCUGCACCAACUAGAGGCCCUUGUGGAUGCGGGAUGUCGCCAGGUAAUUUUGGCAGUCAGCUAUCGAGCUGAGCAAAUGGAAAAGGAGCUGAAAGUGGAGGCUGACAAACUGGGCGUGGAACUGAUCUUCUCCCACGAGACCGAACCCCUGGGAACAGCCGGGCCCUUAGCCCUAGCGAAAAACAUUCUAGCAGCCAGUACAGAGCCCUUUUUCGUGCUCAAUUCGGACGUCAUCUGCGAUUUCCCCUUUAAGCAACUAGUUCAGUUUCAUCGUAAUCAUGGAAAAGAAGGCACUAUUGUGGUCACAAAGGUCGAAGAACCCUCAAAAUAUGGAGUUGUGCUGUACGAUGAGUCCGGCUGCAUCAAAAACUUUAUUGAGAAGCCGCAGGAGUUCGUUAGCAACAAGAUCAAUGCCGGCAUUUACAUCUUUAAUCCCUCAGUGCUUGACCGAAUAGAAGUUAAGCCCACAUCAAUAGAGAAAGAGGUAUUUCCGACCAUGGCGCUGCAGCAAGAGUUGUAUGCCAUGGAUCUUACUGGAUUCUGGAUGGACAUCGGUCAGCCCAAAGACUUUCUAACUGGCAUGUGCCUUUAUCUCAGCUCGCUCAGACAGAAGCAAUCUCCCAAGCUAUACACAGGACCUGGAGUGGUAGGAAACGUGUUGGUGGAUCCCACGGCUAAGAUUGGCGAGGGUUGUCGCAUCGGGCCUAAUGUAACCAUUGGACCGGACGUGGUUAUCGAGGAUGGUGUGUGCAUUAAGCGCUCGACCAUCUUAAAGGGCGCCAUCGUUCGCUCACAUUCUUGGCUGGAUUCCUGCAUUGUCGGUUGGCGAUCAACUGUGGGUCGUUGGGUUCGCAUCGAGGGCAUCACUGUGCUGGGCGAGGAUGUAAUCGUCAAAGAUGAGCUUUACGUUAAUGGAGGCCAAGUCCUGCCCCAUAAAAGUAUUGCCGCUAGUGUCCCAGAACCACAGAUAAUCAUGUAAGCCGAUGGUUCACAUCGGUUAGUGUAAAUACAAUAUAGUUUUCUUCAGUUC